AUGGUCCCCCUCCCUGGCAACGGUGACCCCCGGAUCGCUCUCGAGGACCAGCCAUCCUCUCGAUCGUUCUUCUCCCGAUUUGCCCUCCCCAUCCGGUCGAGAAACACGCGCAACAUUGUCGAAUUUUACAUCCGACCCGCCGAACCCCAUCGGAAAUAUAGUGCAGGCGAUGCUGUGAGGGGCGCCGUUAUCCUGGCUGUCGUCAAGGCCAUCGACGUCACUCAUCUCACCGUCGCUCUGCGCGGCUCCGUUCGUGUCUACAAAAACGCGAAUGCUGCCAACGAGCCCGUCAGCAACGUCGAUCUCGCCUCAGAUGGCGUUUCCCAGUUCAGAUUCCUCGGCAAUGGCUAUGCCUCACUAUUCCAGGACGAACAGGUCCUCUGCGCAGAUGGAUCAUUACCCGCUGGAAAGUACGAGUUUGGAUUCGAGCUGGUCUUUCCGGACCACGGGCUGCCUAGCAGCAUAGAGUUCGAGCGAGGGACGAUAGCGUACAACAUCACAGCUACCCUCACCAGGCCUAAUGCUAUGAGUCCGACUGCAACCUGUGAGCGAAAGGUGGACCUGGUGCAACAGGUGGACGUGGGCCCUCUCCUUCCUCCUCAGCCGCGAACCAUCUACCUCGAACCCAUCUCGAAGAAGGCCAAGAGGAAGAAACCCACCGCUUCUACAGUGUCCGAAAGACAACAGAAUAACCCCGGGUACGAAAAUGGCCCCGCCGAGACCUCUUCGGAUCUCGACUCCACGCGUGCGGUAGAAUCAUCAACAGACGGGUCUAAUGGGGCGGAGGAAGCAAGUCAGGAUGUUCAACAGAAUCCCAGAAGUCCGGUACACAGCGACCUGAGGAGCGAGGUCAGCGGGGACAGUGCCGUGAGCAACGGUUCCAGAGGGGCAGAGCUGAGCCAGGUGGCCAGCUUGGGCACCGUUCCGGCGAACGGGGGCAGGAAGGCCGCGUCUGGUGAGAAGACGAUCGUGGCGACCAUCGAGCUCAUGAAGGGAGGUUGUUUGCCGGGCGACACACUGCCCAUCAGGGUCAAUAUCCAGCAUACGAAACCCAUCAGGAGCAUGCACGGCGUCAUUGUCACCUUAUAUCGGCAAGGGCGAGUGGACUCAGCGCCGCCCGCGUCGCUUUUCAAGCAUUUGUCCAAAGAGGAGAUGCGCAAGUUAGAAAAGGAGGAAUACUAUCCCAAGUCAAAGACGGGGCUGGGUGGUCUCUCACUGACAUCAGCUGGGUCGUGCAGUGUGUUUCGGAAAGAUCUGUCUCAGUCGUUUAGCCCAUUGAUCGUGGAUCCGGGUACUUUCACCACAAGCAUCAACACGUCCGUUCGGGUGCCCGAGAAUGCUUUUCCUUCGAUCAAAGGCGUCCCAGGGGAGAUGAUUAGUUUCAAGUAUCGAUUAGAGGUGAUUGUGGAUCUCGGUGGCAAGUUGUCGAACGCGAUACAGAUCGGACAGCAUACGAGGGUCGGCGCAGGGGGUGGACUCUCGGCAUCAACAAGAGACCUGAACGCGGGUGUUGCAUCCUUCGAUGGCAGCCUAGUCAACACGGAUACUGUGAAGCGCGAAAAGGGCGUCAUUUUUGACUCGUUUGAGGUUGUCGUUGGAACGACAGACAGCAGCAGGCGAGGUAAGGCAGUGGGACCAGCACCAACGACACAUACAAAAUAUUACGAUAGCGGGGCCUAUGCAGAAAACGGACAGUGGGCAGGGGGCCAGGAAGACGAAAAUCACGGCGCCGAAGACGUAUAUCACCACGAAUAUCCGCCAUAUCCGCCUGAACCCGUCACGCAGUACCCUUACUGGACUGGUGGACAUCGGGAACCGCCACAACCGUCCGCACCGCACUAUAUACCUCCUCCAGAAUUACCAGACGAAAGUGCCCUUUCAGAAAAGGAGAGGAUACGUCGGGCCGAGCAGAGGCUUCUCCCAAGCCAGCCGCACCAGCAGCCACCCACACCGACCGCUGGCCCUGCUCUUCCAGUCGAUGCCGACGGUGCUGGCCCGUCCACUCUAGCCGCAUCUUCCCUGCCGCCGCUGCAUGGUGACGCCGCUGGGCCCUCCGCGCCGACACUCGACGACCUUGCGGCAGACUCUCUCACCCCAGGUGCGACCCCGAUGGACGACAAACAGGAGCUAGAGAGGCAGAGGUUAUUAGCUGAAGCGAGCGCGCCACCUGAGUUCCCGAGAGAUUACGAUGCAGGCGUGGGGAGCAGCACGGCAGCGGGACCCAGUGCGCCGCUGUCUGCAGCCGUUGACGACGGAGAUGAGCCAUCUGCCCCGACACUCACAGAGGAGGACGAGUACGGCCCGCAGUUCACGUACAAUGAUGCUGCGGGCUCGUCUUCGCGGCCUCCUGUCCCGCCCACGGAGCCGUUACCUGCUUACCAGCGGUAA